AAUAUGUAGAGAAAAACAACAUAUCGUAUACUUUGUAUUCGUCUUCAACAAUUCAAAAAUAUAUUUAUUACUACGCUAGACACACAAAUCAUCACCACGUGUCUCUUACGUUAACAGUCGUGUGAGCCAAAAAUAGUCCAAUACAGUGCUACGUUUGAGCAAAAUUUGUUGUUAAAAAAGUGCAAAAAAAUGCGUGAAAUAGUGCAUUUACAGGCUGGGCAGUGUGGCAAUCAGAUUGGCUCAAAGUUCUGGGAGAUCAUCUCAGAUGAGCAUGGAAUUGACCAGACCGGUUACUACCGAGGAGACAGCGACCUUCAGCUUGAGAGGAUCCAAGUUUAUUACAACGAGGCGGCCGAUGGCAAGAGGUAUGUACCCCGUGCGGUCCUGGUGGACUUGGAGCCAGGGACCAUGGAUGCCAUCAGGUCCUCGACGUACGGACAACUGUUCAGACCUGACAACUAUGUUUUUGGACAGAGCGGGGCUGGUAAUAACUGGGCCAAAGGUCAUUAUACCGAGGGUGCGGAGUUAGUCGAUUCUGUAAUGGAUGUGGUAAGAAAAGAAGCGGAACCAUGUGAUUGUCUGCAAGGUUUCCAACUCACCCACUCCUUGGGCGGAGGAACUGGAUCAGGUCUUGGAACACUACUCCUCAGCAAACUCCGCGAGGAGUACCCAGAUAGGAUUGUUAACACUUUUAGUGUCAUGCCUUCACCAAAGGUUUCUGACACUGUGGUGGAGCCCUACAACGCAACACUAUCAGUUCACCAGCUGGUUGAAAACACUGACGAGACCUUCUGCAUAGAUAACGAAGCUCUCUACGACAUCUGCUUCAGGACUCUGAGGCUGGGCUCGCCGACGUACGGAGAUCUAAAUCAUCUGGUAUCGUUGACCAUGUCUGGUGUGACCACCUGUCUCCGUUUCCCCGGACAACUGAACGCGGACCUCCGGAAGCUGGCCGUCAACAUGGUGCCCUUCCCACGGCUGCACUUCUUCAUGCCAGGAUUCGCCCCCCUCACAGCUCGCAACAGCCAGGGUUACCGCGCGCUCACUGUCCCCGAGCUGACGCAACAGAUGUUCAGUCCUGUCAACAUGAUGGCUGCCUGCGACCCUCGCCACGGACGAUACCUCACAGUGGCCGCCAUCUUCCGGGGAAGAAUGUCCAUGAAGGAAGUCGACGAGCAGAUGCUGACUGUUCAGGAUAAGAACUCAAGCUACUUUGUGGAGUGGAUCCCGAACAACGUGAAGGUGGCUGUGUGUGACGUGCCGCCGCGCGGACUCAAGAUGGCCGCCACCUUCGUGGGAAACACCACCGCCAUACAGGAGAUCUUCAAGAGGAUCUCAGAACAGUUCACCGUCAUGUUCAGGAGAAAGGCCUUCCUCCACUGGUAUACUGGCGAGGGUAUGGAUGAACUGGAGUUCACUGAAGCUGAGAGCAACAUGAACGACCUGGUCUCCGAAUACCAACAGUAUGAGGAGGUGGGAGUAGAUGAUCACGACUUUGAUGAGCAAGAAGAAGCUGGUGAAGAAUACCCUGAGGAGGAGUAGCCUCCAGGAACAUAGUAGAUCAAAAACUUUCGUGAAGCGAAUUCAUAAUUAUUUAUUUAAUAACGGUUUACUCACGCGUAUUUAUCUGGACUGCUCGACUAGUUUCGGACCUAA